AGCACAUAUACAAUAAUAAUCUUUAAUAUCUAGAACAUGCAGAGUGUUGUAUUGUGAUUUUGUAUAUAAGCUAGAUGCAACCUGCUAUUACAACUAAACGCAAGCAGGAGCAGCAUCAAACCAUGUCAGGCAACGACAGCAGCAAUGCAACAGAUAUUCUAGAGUUUUACCACUCAACUUAUCCACUGUAUAAGAAACAUUGGGAUAAGUUUGAUGAAAUAAGCCCAGCAAUUCGAGGCAUUAUUUCAUUGGUUAUGAUAAGUAUAGGCCUCGUUGGAGCGCUAGGAAAUGGAGUCGUCAUAGCAGUGUUUGGAGGGAGGCAGCAGCUACAAAAGCCGUCAUACAUCUUUGUCUUGAAUCUGGCCAUAUCUGAUCUUUAUGUUGCUGCAUUGGGCUGUCCAUUGAAUGGAGUGUCUAGCAUGCAGGGAAGAUGGGUUUUCGGAGAUGUCAUGUGCAAGAUAUACGCUGCUUCGGUGGUACUAUCUGGAUUAGUAUCAAUUUCAACAUUGGCUGCAUUAGCUGUUGACCGCUACUUUGCGAUAAGUACACUUUUUACUGCCAAGAGGAAAAUUACGAAAGAGCGUGCAUUCAGCAUCUGUAUGUUCAUUUGGUUGCAUGCUGCUUUCUGGGCCUUUGCUCCUUUGCUUGGCUGGAAUGAAUAUGUCCCAGAAGGCUAUGGUUAUACAUGUUCUGCAGACUUCAUUACACCGACACCUUUGUACCAGUCCUGGAUAAUGGGAGUAUUAUGCAUAGGCUGCAUUUUCCCUCUUGGCUUUAUCAUCAUCAGCUACAGCAAGAUCUUCUCUAUCGUACGUAAGCAGCACAAUGAUUUUAGAAAUAUGGACCGAACAAUGAAUCAGCAACGAGUUUUCAACAAAAGGAGAACCUAUGCUCAAAAGGUGGCAAAAUGCAUAGUUAUACUUGUCUGUUUGUACCUAGCUACCUGGACACCAUAUGCCGUUAUAAGUCUGAUUGGGACUUUUGGCGAUGCGGGAAAAAUCACACCUGUAGUGGCUCUUUUGCCAUGUAUUGCUGCAAAAAUGGCAGUCAUCUACAAUCCGAUUGUCUACUCACUGACUCAUCCAAAUUUUAAACAUCUUUUGGCAAAGAAAAUGCCAUGCUUUGCAACGAUCAGUACUAGUGCAGGAAUGCCUUCCGCAUCUGGAUCAUACACAAGUAAACUGGAGAGUGAUGUCGGAAGGCCAACAAGACGAGAGUCGGAUCGGCGAAGAAAGCCAUCUGAUUCAAGUUGCGACAAACAAGAAAUGGAGAGUUUAUUAAAAAGUUUACGUCAAGCUGGAUCGCUUAUCAUCAUUAAAGAAAAUAACAAAAAAUAUGUCUUGACGGAGGAAGGGCUCAAAGAGACAACUGAAAUGAAGUCGCUAAAAAGUAAAUAUGGAGUGGAGAUGCCCUCUGAUAUAUGAACAGAUAGAUGAAUUAACAGUUGCAUUGUAAAAAUCAGUCAUAUUUUCAAAAAUAUAUUCUAGGUAUCAUUCAUUGAAAAAAGGGAGCUCUAAUGUCAUUGAUGCAACUACAAUUUAGUCCAAAAUGACCACUUACCAAUUAAUAUAGCACAAUUAGUGCUGUACUACUAGUAAACAAGGGGGGGGGGUGUCAAUGUGGUAGCCUGACAGUUGUCUCCAGUAUAUCUCAACAUAGAAGGACUUCUUUGGAGGUACAUGGAUCAACACUUGAGUAAAAAAAGCUUUUCUAAUUUUACUCCAUAUAAUAGCAACAAAUUAUAAUAAUGUCUGUUUCAUUUUAUAAAAAUGGAAAAAAUGUAAAUUGAAGAAACAUGAUCUGAAAUUACUGUAUAUGUAAAAGUUUGAGAAUGUGCUAUGGGGUGUGGCGCAUACUAUGAUUGCAACAAGGAAAUUAGCACCAAUAGCAACAUUCAUGUACUACAUAUGUUAUUCAACCCCAGUGACAUUUCUAGCAGUUGGCUUUUUUACAUCAUGUGACAUAGAAUCCUGGCAUCAUCUGGCAUCAUCUGUAUCUCAUGUUUAAAUGUCUGCCAUUAUUCAUCCUUUUGUCGCCAGAUGAACUGAAUAGCAUUGAAAAACCAUUAUUAAAUAUUUACUGAAAAAAGAAAACAUGAAUAUUACAUCCUAGAAAUCUAUAUUUCUGGAGACUCUUUAAUUCAUUCAAUAACAUUACUCACUUUUUUAUUGGAAUAUUGAUUUGUAUCAAAGGUGACACAAGCAUCAUCAUGUGACUUGAACCCAAGCAGAUAAUCAGAUUCAGAGUGGGUUUUGAAUUUUUUUUAGAAUCUCCAGAACUGCCAUUCGGAGAAUUCCCUUGGUCAUGUGACCAUAAUGAUAAACAAACCUAACGACCAAUCAGAUGACAGGAUUUCCUCGGGAUAUUCAAAUUGCAGAUUUAAUUAGUUUCGGUUAAAGUUAUUUGAUUGGACAGUACAAUCAUUAAAUUAACACUGACAGCUAAGGUUUAAGACUUCUUCAUUGGUCAGUAGAUGAAUAUGUGAUACGACUCAACAUGCAAAAAGACCAGAAGAUCUUAAUUGUGAUCUCCUAUGUCUCAAUGUAUCUUUAAGAUCAAACACAUACUCUCAUACACAGAUAUGGUAACAGUUAAAUGGUGUGUGACAUUUACUUCAAUGUACAUUCCUUAAUCCUUGCUUAUGUUUUGGUAUAUUGUUGUUGCAACCAAUAUACUGUACUCCCACUAAUACCAGCCAUGGUUGUUCCUCCAACCAAUGGUUUGGGCUUCUUAUUAAUAAGCCUUUUCAUAUAGAAUGUUCGUUUUAAUACAGUAAUAACGAUCUCUCUUCUAAUUUCUCUUUUUCAAAACUCA